AUGGACUCCCAACACAACAACACUCAGCAAACCUCCCGAGCACUUCCGGAUUCCCGCCGCCGCGUCAGCCGCUACGCCGCUACGCCGAUGACGUCACGACGCAUCCGACGGCCGGGAAUCCCCGUCAGCCACAGCAGCCCCCCAGAGGGCCAGAUACUAGCCGGUAACUACGUCGACCUCGCUCAACUAAUCCACCCAUCCACAUGCAAUCCCCACAUCCCCAGGGAAUUGCAAACCGCUUUCGGCCCCAUCGAGCUCAAACAGCCACUCCCCACCCGCUCCAAGGAACUCACAACAGCCGAAUUCGCCUAUUCUUUCUCCCUUUUCCGCGACACCAUCUGCUCGGUUUUUCCCGACCGCAGGCCCGAACUGGACGACUACUUGUCGUUAAUCCUAGACCUGGCCUUGAGGUUCGGCGGCAACGGUUUUUACUCCUACCAUGUUCUUUUCACAUCCGAAGCCGCUGCUCGAGUGCAGCAGUUCAACCAGGGAACUUACUGGGGUACACUAGACCCCGAAUUAUAUUGCAGAGUCUUUGCAGCUCGCUCCUCCCUUAACUGUGAGUCCUGUGGCGCACCUUCCCAUCCAGCCACCACAUGCACCCUCACAGCCCCCCUGCCUUCCACAGCCGCUCCUAGAAGACGGAGCCCCACCGGUUACCGCAGCCUGCCUCCAUCAUUUCCCCCACCAUCCAUCAUCCCAAAACCAGCCACCAACCAGCCAACAACCACCGGCCCUCUCCCCAAAGGGGUAGACAGGAGAGGCAGACCAGUCCUCUUCCAGGGUGGGAGAAUGGUCUGCAACAACUUCAACGAUUUAGGAUGCAGCACCUCUAGCUGCCGCUUCCUCCACACCUGCUCCUUCUGUGGAGGUGCCCACUCCAGACCAACCUGUCCCCACAACCCCACCAAGCACAGCCUCUGUAAGUACCUCAAUACACCAAUCAAGGUCCAAGCUCUAGCUUCCGCCUUACAGAACCACCCAGACCGCCAGUUCACCAGCUUCCUAAUACAAGGGUUCACACACGGCUUCCACCCAGGUUUACAGGUUAAACCAGAGCAGUCCUAUACAUGCCAUAAUUUGAAAUCCGCCAUUUCCGAGCCCGACAUUGUCGACAAACUCCUGGCUCAGGAAGUCAAAGACUCUUUCAUGAUCGGCCCUCUCCAUAGCCCACCUUUCCCCAUAUUCAGAAUCAGCCCCAUCGGCAUAGCUACUAGGAAAUACUCAGGAAAAAAGAGACUUAUAAUAGACCUCUCAUCCCCCCACGGCUCUUCCAUCCCAAGCAUCAACAGCCUAAUCCCGAGCCCGGACUACUCCAUGCAGUACACCACAAUCACCAACGCCGCAUCCCUCAUUCGCCUCGCAGGUCAAGGAGCCUGGUUGGCUAAAGCGGACAUCAUCAGCGCCUUCAAAGUUCUUCCGAUCCUCCCCGAAUUCUGGCAUCUUUUCGGCGUCCAUUGGAAAGGCUCUUAUUACUUUGCAGUGCGCUUGACCUUCGGGUGCAAGAGCAGCCCAAAAAUCUUCGACUGCUUAGCCGAAGCUCUCUGCUGGAUCCUGACCAACGUUCAUAAACUUCCGUACGUCAUCCUCUUAGAUGACUUCCUCACCGUCACGCCACCUUCCUCACCCCCAGCACACGGCCUCAACACUUUAACCUCAGCGUUCAAGGAACUCGGCGUUCCUCUGUCUCCAGAGAAAACCGUAGGCCCCAGCACCUCCCUCAAAUUCCUCGGCAUCACCCUCGACUCAGUUUCACUCCAAGCAUCCCUACCUACUGAAAAAAUCAAUCGGAUCUCCUUACUCAUUUCAAAUUACCUCCUGGCCCCCAAAUGCACCAAACACCAACUCCUUUCACUGUUAGGCCACCUCAACUACGCCAUUCGCAUCAUCCCCCAAGGUCGAUCCUUCUUGUCCCACCUCCUUUCAGUCGCCGCCUCUGUCCCAAAUCUCCAUGGCCACGCCUCCCUGGACAAAGCAUGCAAAACGGAGCUAAAACUGUGGCACCAGUUCCUCUCCUCAUGGAACGGCAUCUCUUUAUUUUACGAUGACCACAUCACCAAGCCGGAAGACAUCCAGCUGUUCACAGACGCAGCCCCCUCCAUCGGCUUCGGCGGCUUCUACGGCAGCAAAUGGUUCUCAGCCGAAUGGCCGCACGAAUUCUCAUCCCUCACCCCUUCUUCGGCAAUCUCUGAAAUGUAUCCGGUAGUCAUAGCAGCCAUUCUUUGGGGCUGGGAAUGGUCCAAAAAGACAAUCGCUUUAUAUUCAGACAACAGCGCCGUCGUAGACAUCAUUAACAAAGGACGGUCACAUUGUCUAGACAUAAUGCAGUUCAUGCGUAGACUCACCUUGGUUUCGGCCCAGCAACAAUUCAUCAUCCAAGCCUAUCACAUCCCAGGUCACAAAAACUCCAUAGCCGACUCACUUUCUCGUUUCUCUUUACAGAAAUUCAGACGAUUGGCGCCAGCCGCGGACCCUCUGCCAACUCCGGUCCCACCGUUUUCAGCCACCAUCUUCAACUGACCCCGCUACUAGAACACCUAAUCUCUGCCUCCCAAGACGCCAUCCUCAACAGCGUCGCCCCCAGAACACUCUCAU